AUGGAUGUCCAGAUUGGCUCGCUCUACCAUUUUCACCAGCGUCUGGGUCACUUGGCGUACGACACGGUCGAGCGCAUGGCAAGCAAUCCAGAUUCCGGCAUAACACUCACAGAUCGUGCGAGGCCGACGUGCAUUUCGUGCGCCCAAGGCAAUCAGACGAAGAAAGCACAGUCGCGUAAGGACACGGGGGCUAACUCGGAACAAAUGACGCCACCAAUGCGGUCAAUAGUCCAAUUACUGUCGCGUCUUCCUCGCUUGAACGAAGGACAAGGCCGCGAAGAAGUUCGAACAUUCUUGGCAUUCUUCGAGCGCCAGUUUGAGUGCCGCAUCCACGUGCUAAGGACGGAUGGUGGUGCCGAGUACGCGAAUGUCGACCUCCUCUGUAAGUCGACUGGUGUCGCAAGACAGGUUGGCGAGGUACGCAACCAGGCAUCGAACGGCAAAGCCGAGCGCAUGCACCGAACGGUGUUAAACAUGGCGCGGUCGAUGAUCUUUGCGAAUCGACUUCCCGUGUCAUUCUGGGGUGAUGCGGUCGAAUAUGCGGCGUACAUUCUCAACCACAGACCGAAAAGUGCGAACGCGAAGCGAGCGUCACCAUUGGAAGUGCUGACAAAGCAUGCGCCUGACUUGCGAGACAUUAUAGCAUUUGGCUCUGUUUGA